GUCGUCAAAAUUAAUCCCAGAGGUAUUGGCUGCACAAUGUUUCCUGAAAAAACUGUUGUGUCUCUAGAGGGUUUUGGUAAAUGUAGGUUAAUGAGCUGCUACUAGAAAACUGAGAAAUAAUCCUACCUAUUCGGCAAAGUUCAACAAUGGUGUCUAACGGGAUGUUAACGCACGACUGUCCUUGAGUCAGUCGUAAAAAAGAAAAUGCAUGAAAACACAUUGAACAGGGCGUCUUUCUCUGACAUGAAUUAAAAAUAUGUCUCAGUUACAACGAGGAGCAAUGCUACUUAUCAAUAAAGUGUUAACUUUGUGGACAAUAUGCUGCAUACUCUUAUUUUCACAAAUUCCACAGUCCAAUGGGAUUAUAAUCAGUAAUUGGUUGAUUGUAUUGAUACCAGUGUGCUUUGUGGAUUUUAUUCUACUCAUCACAAUUAUACUGUUCAUGUCUGGAAGACUUCCUGAAAUAUUUGGUGAUUGUGAUGCUGGGAGUAAACUCAAUCAGACAUUGACAUUGUGUUUUAUCCUGUGGAAAUUGGCUGGACAGAUUGUUCUUUGCUUGUAUUUCGAGGGAUAUAUAGAUGGUUUAUUUUACAAAGUAUUUCAACAAGCUAAUUCAAAAAAUGUACAGUCCAAAGUUUAUUUCAACUUUGUUGAGUCAAUCAGUUUAGGCAGUAAACAGCAUUCACCACUCGAGCAAAGUCGAUUCAACUAUCAACAGAUUCAGAUAAAGUGUCGAGGAUUCUGA